AUGCAGCAUAGAGAUGAUGUUAGACCAUCUCAUGUUGGAUAUUCACAUGAUGGAUCUUCUCAUGUUGAUAUUGGAGUACCUUCUGAUAACAUGGCGUCGCUUCCACAUGGUGGAGAUGACGCUUUGUGCUUGCAGUUUGGCACGCAGCGGGAGGUCAACACUAAGAAGAUUCAAGGCAUUCAAGUGGCGCGGAAAGCACCUGUUAUCUCGCAUCUGUUUUUCGCGGACGACUGUCUACUUUUUGCAAAGGCCAAUCAAGGGAAAGCUGGUCGUAUCAUGGCUACACUUAAGGUUUACGAGGAGGCCUCUGGGCAAGUGAUUAAUUUGGACAAAACUGAAGUGUCUCUUAGCCGUAAUCUCAUGGAGGAAGAAAAGCUUUCUAUUUGUUCUCAUCUGGGAGUUGCCUCGGUGUUGAGCCACACUAAAUACCUUGGUUUGCCGGUUAUAUUUGGAAGAUCGAAAAAAGAGGUGUUUACUUUGGUUGUAGAGAGAGUCUGGAAAAAGAUCAAGGGCUGGAGGGAGAACUUUCUCUCGAGAGCUGGUAAAGAGAUACUAAUCAAGGUUGUCGCUCAAGCAAUCCCUAACUAUAUAAUGUCCUGCUAUAAGCUACCUGAGGGUAUGUGCCAAGAGCUUCAAUCUAUGCUGGAUGCGUUUUGGUGGGGGUCUAAAAACGGAGAAAAAAAAGGUUCAUUGGAUGAGCUGGGACAAGCUGUCUAG